CACAAGCCUUCCUAUUUCACUCCUCUCUCUUAAGAGUUUUUGCAUUGUAUUGCUUUGAAAACAUGGCCGCGAGCAAGGUGACACCCGGUUCCAUGACGCAACUGAUCAAAGGCGACCGAAGCAUGCUCAUGAUGUCCGAUGACAAUGUUAUGAUGAAGCAAAUUCAGGGUACCCAUAACCCAGAUGGCCGCGAAAUCGACGUCAAACCCAUUCUCCAUAUCGUAGUGGACAUCCUCAGCCGCCACCAUGCCAGUCGAAACCAGCAUUGUCCUGGGCAUGGGAGUCCAAGGACGCAUGGAGCAUUUCGAGAAGAAAGUCCAACAAGCUAGCAUACAAGUGUCAAAUUGGCAUGGACGGCCAUCAAAUAACAAUCUCUCUGUUCACCGUGCUAUCAAACUAUUCAUGGGAUGCCAAGCUGGUGCUAGCACUAGCAGCUUACGCUUCGAACUUCGGAGCAUUCUGGCUCCUGGCUCAGAUGUACACAUCAAACCAACUCGCAAAAUCAAUGGCACUCCUGAAGCGAUUACCGGUCACCGUGGAACACUCUGGCCCAGUGAAAUCCCGGUUUGAUGCACUUAACACUCUGAUCACGGCCAUGUUGGAUUUGACCAGGUGCAUUGUGGCAUUGAAGGAUCUACCCUCUUCAUAUGUCACACAGGAGGUGCCUGCCUUGUCCGCGGUCAUAGCCACUAUCCCAACUGCUGUCUACUGGACUGUUAGAGGCAUAGUCGCUUGCGCUACCCAGAUCACCAGUCUCACUAGCCUCACUAGCCUCACUAGCAUGGGCUAUGAAUUCAUAACUUCGGCUACAGAGGCAUGGGAGCUAUCGAGCUUGGCUCACAAGAUCAACAGCAUACAUGACCAUCUUAAGAAGCAACUCGAACUCUGCUACCAACUCGUAGAGGAGAAAAGGAACCUUGAAGCUUGUGAGUCACUGGUGCGUCUAAUGGAAAUGAUACACUUAGACAACAUGAAAGUUCUCAGGGCGCUGAGUUAUGCCAAGGAUGAUCUGCUGCCGCUCUUUGAUGGUUCUGCUAAGAGAAGGGUACGUUGUAACAUCGGAUGGUUAUGAACAUUUGUAGCUAUUAUUGCAUGUUUAUUAAUUUCUUUCAUCUCCAUGGCCUGGAAGUUCUGAGGAGAAAGAAUGUUUUACUGCUGAUAUCAGGCCUCGACAUCU